UUUAAUUUCCUGGAGCACCACGGAGGCGUCCUCAGUGAGGACUUAGCGCGGCUUGUCAUGUGGCAGGUAGCGCAGGCUGCCCACACGUGCUGUCGCCGUGGAGUGCUCCACCGUAAUAUCAAACUGGAGAACCUGCUGAUCAACAAGGACACCCUUGAAGUCAAACUUAUUGACUUCGGGUGCGGGGACCUCCUAAAAACCUCUGCCUAUGAGACAUUUUGGGGCACAGAAGUGUACUGCCCUCCUGAGUUUGAAAAGAGUGGCAAGUACCAUGGGAAGCCCGCAACUGUGUGGUCUCUGGGAGUGCUCUUGUUCGAGUUGGUGUGCGGAGACCCUCCAGAGAGCAAAGACCUGGACAUUAUUGAGGCGGGCAUCUGGUCUAAACCUGGCUUGUCAAAAGGUGAGCUGGCAUUCACCACAGCAAAGAACAGUGUGCUCCCUGCCAUGACUGUCCUGGCCCCAAAGGUUCCUGUAAUGGCCGUUCCAGAGGUUACUGUAAAACAUGUUCCUGCCACAUCCGAGCCAGAGCUGGUUCCCAAAGCCAGUGCUCCAGUGCUCCAUAUCAACGCUAUCCUCAACUGA